UUCACUAUAUAUCAAAAUUGUAAAAUGUCAAAGUCCAAUGUCAGUCAAAUAAUACAACUCUUUCAGUUUUUCAAUUUCUAAGUAAUUCUAAAAUGGUGACAACAAAACGUUUAUCAGGUUUCGGUUCCAGCGUCAAAAGAUUCGGCAAAAAUACCGGCCAUCCGAAACUAGACCCCAACGGACUGUACAUCACACGCGCAGAGGGCUGCGACCCCUGCCUCUACCACCCCCAGGACAUCGAUAUUAUAUUCGAUUUCAAUAAGAACAUAAAAAACCGCGUUGACCCUUGGAAAUAUAAAAGUGACCUUGAGGAAUGGUCGAAGAACUUGGGUUACAGAAAUCAAAAGGUCCUCGACCGCAAGAAAUGGUUCGACUCCCUUCUGGGCCCAGCCUGGCACGAUAUCCAGUUUGAGAAGAAGUGCGAGCCUGCCUGCCACAACGUGGGCUUCGGGAGAACUCCUCGCUUUAGACCCCCAAAAGAGUCCGUCCCCGGGCCCGGCACAUACCACAAACAUGUUCCAUAUAAAGUACCCCACGGGCCUCACUCGAAGAUGCAGACCUUCGAAAUGCAAGAACCCUGCAGGUUUAAAGAUCCCGGCCCCAAGUGGUCGCUGGCGCCGAAUCGAUACAACUACAUCGACAAAGACAACAUAGAAGAGAAACCGAAGAAGAUAGUAUCGUUACGAGGGCCCUACGACCUGUUCACGGGGAAACGCGACGGGACAUCGAUCAAGAAUCACUUCAACACGAUGAAAGUGACGGCCGCGACGUGGCCGUACACCUUCAAGGGCUGCAUGGAGACGUACAAGCGAUCACACUAUGGGAAAAUGAACAAAACGAACAGGGAGCAGCCCUGCCGCAGCCGGAACACUCUUGUGGAUCUAACGAUGUGCAACCGCAAGCCGGGGGAGCCAGGGCCGGGGCAAUACGAUUUGGAGCGUCCGCGCCAGUUCGUGCAGAACGCGCAAGGGUUUAAUAGCAGCUACGACCGUCCGCCAGGCUACCGGCGCGCGGUGGUGUGGCCCGUCGUCGGCCGCUACAAUGUGCGCUGCAUCAAGUACCGCGUGCCCGGCAGCGGCCACCGCCACGCCUUCCUAAGUAAAAUACAGCGCACCAUCGGCGCUGACCUGCCUCAGCCCAUGAAUACUUUCUAAAUCAUUCUAUGAGUAAUUUCAAAACAAUCUCUUUUUCAAACAAUU